UGAAGGUAGCAGUGAGGUAGCGGCUGCGGCUCCACACGGUUCAUGGUCGGCAGUCACCUCUGACUCGUAGCUCCCUUCGGCUCGAGUCGGGAACCCCGCUGAAGUCGGCUUGGCUCGGUGCUUUUAAUUUCUCUUUAGCUCGGCGGCUAACAUCAUGGCGGCCACGGAUCCACGUUUCUCGAGUAACGGCGGGCCGGCCAGCAGAGGAGGAUUCCCCGCGGGGGAGAGCAGCAGCGACCGCGACGGGCCGGGCGGCAGCAGCAGCGGCGGCGGAGAGAGCGAGCGCGAUCGGGCCACCUUCGAGUGCAACAUCUGCCUGGACACUGCCAGGGACGCGGUCAUCAGUAUGUGCGGCCACUUAUUCUGCUGGCCCUGCCUUCAUCAAUGGUUGGAGACGCGGCCCAGCCAGCAACAGUGUCCCGUCUGCAAGGCGGGCAUUAGCAGGGAGAAGGUCAUCCCGCUGUACGGCAGAGGGAGCUCCAGCCAGGAGGACCCCAGGUUGAAAACUCCGCCUCGGCCUCAGGGACAGAGAACCGAGCCUGAAAGCAGAGGAGGGAUGUUCCCCGGCUUUGGAGAAACGGGCUUCCACAUGUCUUUCGGGAUCGGAGCGUUCCCCUUCGGCUUUUUCACCACAGUCUUCAACGCCAACGACCCCUUCCACAGAGCAGACCAGUAUGUAGGGGAUCACCAAGCCAACGGUAACCUUAACAACGGCAACAACAGCUGGCAGGACUCCCUCUUCCUGUUCGUCGCCAUCAUCUUCUUCUUCUGGCUGCUGAGCGUCUGAUGACGACGACAGUAUGAAAAUAAAUACAAGACUGGAGACACUAGCGCGUGCACACACACACACACACACACACACAC